AUGGCGUCAGGCUUGGAUGACUUGGAAUACCUCUCACCAGAUUUUGAUCUAUCAUCCUUAACCGUACCUCGCUUACGGGCGAUCCUUGUCAGACAUGACAUCUCCUAUCCAUCCUCAGCUAAGAAAGCUCAACUUAUUAGCAUCUUUGAGAAAGAGGUCUUACCGAAGGCGAAAAAGCUCCUUCGUGAUAGAGAUCUUGUUCGCCGUACAAGCGCUGGAAUUACUGAUAUGAGUAGCCAAUCUAAUUUCGAAGCAAACGGGGAUGAAGAUGAAAUUGAUGACAGGGAAUCGAUGCCCCCGCCGCCGACGCCGUCCACUGUCGGAAGUCGACGCGGACGCUCACGACCGAGCACGCGAGCGUCAACCGCUGAUACUGAAGACAGUACUUUACUACAAGCUACCCCAAGGCGCCGAGGCCGUCCUAGCAGAAGCACUCGAGCGUCGGAAGCGGAUACUGCGGAUGAGAAUCUUGCGACUCCUGUUAUAACUCAAGAAACACCUCAACCUCGAUCUACCGCUCGCAAAACCCGCAGGAGCGAGGCACUUCCGUCAUAUGACGGACAUGUCGAACACACACCAAGCGUCAAGACUGAUAGCCGAGCGGGUAGCGUUUUCAGCGACGAAAACCCCUUCCAAAGCGGCAGCUCUCCUACUUCUCAUGAGCAAACUCCACGGACUCGCACAAUUAGCCGGGAGCGUAAACGCAAGAGCACACCUCGUGUCUCAGGCGAUAGUACUUUGUUAGCAGAACACCGGGGUAAACGUGAUUCAACUCGUCCGAUUAAGAUUAAGCAAGAGGAAGAUGCUAUUACACCUAGAAAGUCGACUUUUGAGUUCUCAGUCUCACGACUUAGAACAGCAACACCACAGUCGGAGGAUGAGUCUGAAUCUGAAGCAGGGGAGGAGUUCACGCCAGACGAGCAGCUAGCUCUCGAGACUGCCAACGCUCAGUCUCGAUCAGUGGCCAGGCAUCGCCAGAGCGAGAUCUCCUGGAGAUUGCCAACACUUGUACUUGCUUUGCUUCUAUCCGGAUUUGGAGCCUGGUGGCGUCAAGAAAAGUUCGAGAUUGGCUUCUGUGGAGUUGGCAAGCCUAGAUGGUCUCUUGCCGAUACCAACGUGCCUGAAUGGGCAAAUGUGCUAGAACCUCAGUGUGAACCGUGUCCUCCACAUGCCUUUUGUUUCGAUAACUUGAAGAUCGAAUGUGAAAACGGCUUUGUACGGCAAUAUCAUCCACUCUCAAUCAACGGCUGGUUACCAAUUCCACCGCAAUGCGAAGUUGAUAACGCGAAAUCUGAUCGCAUAAUUGCCGUUGCCAACAAGGCGGUUCAAGAGCUCCGUGGCCAGCGAGCCAAAUAUGAGUGCGGAGAUGCUGAUGGAGCCAAGACUCCAUUCGUUUCCGAGGUAGAUCUGAAGAAAGCUGUCGAACAUCAACGUCACGGAAAAAGUCGCGUGAAAAUGAGCGACGCCGAGUUUGAUGACCUGUGGGCAUCGGCCAUGGGUGAACUAGUUUCAAGAGAAGAAAUUACCACGAGCGAAGGAGCUUCCUCCCGUGCAUUCGCAAGUAACUCACUCGCCAAACUUCCCAUCAUCUGCGCAUUCCGCCGCCACCUCAGACUCUCUCUCAUCGCGUAUCGACUCCCUAUUCUCCUUCUAGUCCUUACUAUCGCCGGCCUAGCGUAUAUAAGAGCUGAGUUCAUUGCUCGACGAGCAGACAUUGCCCGUGUCCCUGAGCUCGUGGGGACGACACUCGACCGUCUUUCGACCCAGGCUGCUCUACAUAGGCGCGGAGAGGCACCGGAGCCCUGGAUUGCCAUUGGUCAGCUACGAGAUGAUGUCCUACGGUCUGAACUGCGGGGCAAUCGUCGAGAGAGGCUCUGGAAGCGUGUGCAGGCAGUGGUCGAGGGCAAUGCCAACGUGCGAGCAGCAGUCCGCGAAAGCCGUAGUGGAGAUGUAGCCCGGGCGUGGGAGUGGGUUGGCAGCAGCUUGGGCAGUCAUCUGGAUAGCGUUCGCCGGGAGAGUGGAAGGGUGAGAUUUUCCGUAUCUCCUGGAGACGAAACCUCGCCGGCUGGCAAUGAGGACAUGAGCACUUUGCGAAGCCCUAGAGAAUCGCGCAAGUGGGAUGAAGGGCGCCCAAUAUAUUGA